CGCUCGGUCCGCGUAUCAAAGAUCAGGCCAUCGAGAAGUACAAGACAAUGAUCUGCGGCGCCUUCCGGUGCGCGUCGUUGGACACGAAGAGAGUGUUGUCCACAAUCUGUGUCUACAUUGCGCUCCUCGACGACAAGAACGCUGUGACCAUCGGUCACGUGUGUAACGCCGCCGGCUGUACGACCGGCGACUUUAACCGUGUGUUCAAUCAAGUGAUCAAAGAGUAUCCCGAACUCAGACCCGAGAAGAUGUCCAUCGAGUCGUUGGUUCCGGUCGUGUUGAGUGAGGCCAACGUUGCGGUCAAUGAGCGAAAGAUUUUAGAGGAAAAAGUGCUGAAGAUCUUGGAGUUGGAGCGCGAGUGUUGGCUGAUAGAGGGCCGGACACCGGUGCACAUCAUAUACGCGGCCGCAUACCUGGCCUGGAAGUCCCUUAAGCCGUACGAUCGCCGCAAAGUGCGAUUACCCGAGUUUUGUCGACAGAUGGACAUC